AUGGAGAAGGACUUUCAAGACAUCCAGCAGCUGGACUCUGAGGAAAAUGACCACCAGUUCAGUUGGGUUGAGUGUCCAGACACUCAAGGGCAUAGUCCCAGGAGAGAAGAUGCAUUUUGGAAAGGAAUGCCUCCUCCCCAGCCCCUUCUGCUGCAGAGUCUCUGCUCCAGUCUCUGGCUCAGACUGCUGGUCCUGGGCUUCAAUAUCCUGCUGCUGGUGGCCAUCUGUGUGAUUGGGUCCCAGAGAUUACAGAUGCAAGUUGAGUUUUGGACCCUAAAAGCAGCUUUCAGCAAUUUCUCCUCCAGCACCCUGACAGAGAUCCACAAUUUCAGCAUCCAUCGAGGCAACACAGGUGACAAAGUGACAUCUCUGGAAGCCAAGCUGGUUGAACAGCAGCAGGACCUGAAAGCAGAACAUGCUACCUUGCUCUUCCACCUGAAGCACUUUCCAGCUGAUCUGCGCAUCCUGACUUGUCAGAUGGCCUUCCUGAGAAGCAAUGGCACAGAAUGCUGCCCCGUUAACUGGCUGGAGCACAAAGGCAGAUGCUACUGGUUUUCUCAAACUGGAAUGACCUGGCCUGAGGCUGAGAAGUACUGCCAGCUGGAGAAUUCACACCUGGUCGUCAUCAACUCCAGAGAGGAGCAGGAAUUCAUUGUGGCACACAUGGGCCCCUUUCAUACCUGGAUAGGUCUCAGUGAGAGCAAUGGUUCCUGGAAAUGGGUGGAUGGAACCGACUUGGGGAACAGCUACAAGAACUGGGAUCAUCGUGAGCCAAAUAACUGGCAGGGGCAUGAGGAGGGUGUAAACGAAGACUGUGCCGAAGUCCAGGACAAUGGCCGCUGGAACGACAAUUUCUGCCAGCAGGUACGACGCUGGGCAUGUGAGAUGAAACGGAACAACACCAGCUAGAAGCCCUGACCUCCACCCAUCUCUACUGCACCCCACUCCUACCCCACUCCCAGCCUCUCUACUGUGGAUUUUGAAGAAGAGAAGAAUAGUCAGAAGCGUGGGGAGGGGUUGAGGGAAGAUACACGAAAAUGGUUUAAGAAUC